UAUUACGAGAAUAUUUUACCAUUGGCUGCAGACACUGGAGUUAAUUUGCUUUUGGGGAUAUACAAUGGAUAUAAAAAUAUUAAAUUGAGAAAAGGUAAGGGACUCAAUCUCGGUUUCGUGGUGCUCCCCAACGUAUGGAAGUUUAACGGUCGAGCUUUUUGAACAUGCUAGCGGAAAUUAGCAGUUUGUUGGAUGAAAAACACUACAAUAUCAUUGUAAUCGAAUGUGAAGAUCUGAGCUCACCUGCCUUCUUGCAAUUGUGCAUUGUUGAUUGUGCGACAAGAAAAAACGUGAAAGUCAUCUACGUAUCAGCGAUACGAAAUAUGCUAGCAUUUAAGACAAUGGCGAGCAAAGUGAUGAUACGACAAUCAGAAAAGCUAAGAUUUUUAUCAGUGAGCCAGUUGCUUCCUAAUGGCUUUGUUAAUGAUAAUGAUGGCACAUUUUUGACAUGUAUUUUGGAGGAAAUCAAUAAGCAUAUUGAAGAGGGUGAUAAGGAGGUGUUUAUCAUGUUUGAUAGUUUCACCGUAUUCUGUGAUUUCACUAACAACGUCUCACAUAUUCCUGCAUUUAUACGACAUCUGCAACAAUUCAAUAAGAAUUUAGAAAUCAAAUUGGUGGUAACUUUCCAAUCGAAAGAUCAAAUUUCGAAUAUUAUCCUCCAUGAAAGUGAUGUUCUUAUAAGGAUAAAACGUAUUGGAAAUGGUUUUGCCAAAGAUGUCACAGGGCAGCUGUAUAUAAUGGAGCGCCGUGGUGAAACGCCUUAUGCAGAAAAUAUUUUCAAUUAUCAUUUGAGCGAUCGAUCCGCACGACUUUUUCUUCCCGGCAUGUCAAGGCCGGAAUUAUGAACCCUGCUGCUUCGAAAUGAAGCUUAAACUACACUGUUUUGUCUGAUUAUAUGUGCAUAGCAAUAAAAAAGAUAAUACUG